CCAAAAAUCGUUCAAGUUGGAAGGUAAAAUCUUCUCGGCGGUGAAUAACUUUCUCACUGCGUCGACCCUCGUCAAGGAUAUCCGGCAACUGAUUAUGACCAAACACACCAACGAUCCAGACAGUGCUUCGCAGCAUCAACAGAGUGACGAGGAUUCAAGCCAGAACAAUCAAAACGACCCCAGCUUAAGCUACCCAUCGCAACGGCUAGCCGGAACAUCGACCGAUCACAGUGCCAGUUUCGCCGCAGUCAGCAGCCGCAACAUGCGUCGCUCGAAUCCUACCGGCAGCAGUAGUCAGCCAGUGCAGGAGGAUAACACCAAUCAGCCGGCGAGUGAUUGUUCCAGCCUGGAUGGGAACGUCUUCGUCGAGGGCUCUCAGGCCGGAGCCCGUCCCAAUACUCGCCGAUCGCAAACAUCUGAAUCGAUAACGUCCAGUAACUUCAACUACAGCAUGAACCGACGAUUCAUCUCCAAAAAUCAAAUGAAGGAAUUCCGGGAAGCGUUCCGGCUGUUCGACAAGGAUAACGAUGGUUCCAUUACGAAGGAGGAGUUGGGCACGGUGAUGCGUUCGCUCGGGCAAUUCGCCCGUGUGGAAGAGCUGGAGGAGAUGCUACUGGAAAUAGAUGUUGACGGUGACGGAAACGUAAGCUUUGAGGAAUUUGUGGACAUCAUGUCCAAUAUGACCGACACCGUCGCGGAAGCUUCUGCCGAUCAGGAAGAACGCGAACUACGGGAUGCUUUCCGCGUUUUCGACAAACAUAACCGUGGUUACAUAACGGCCUCAGACUUGCGUGCGGUUUUACAAUGUCUAGGAGAAGACCUUGAUGAAGAGGAAAUCGAAGACAUGAUCAAAGAAGUUGAUGUUGACGGCGACGGAAGGAUUGAUUUUUACGAAUUCGUACACGCACUUGGAGAACCAGAAGACUCGCAAGAAAAUGAUGACGAAGAAGAGGUGGUGUCACUGUCGGUUUCCUGUGACGUUAACGCUUAA